ACUGACACGUCCCACAACUGCCUGCUCACAGCAGAAAAUCCUUUCACCUCUCAGGAGCUAUCAUUAGACAAGGCGACACUGGAUUUUUUCUCUCUGAAAAUGAACUUUAGGAGGAUUUUCCUAAUCAAGUGCAUGCUGCUUUUAUUUCCCAGUGUAAAAUGCUCCGUCAGCAACUUGAUUUACACAGCCGUGAAUGAGUCAGUUUUUCUCCACAUCGCUGUUGCUGCUGAGAACAUCUAUGAUGCAACGUGGCUGAGAGACAGAAAAAAGUUGCUUCAGUUAAAAGAUAACAAAGUUAAGUACUACGUAAACAAAGACCAGUGCAGGUGUAAGGUAUUCCUCAAUGGGACUCUGCGAAUAGAGCGUGUGGUGAAAGAGGACAGUGGAAAGUACACGGUGACUGUUUAUCAGAAGGAUGGAAAAUUGUCAGCAGAAGAAGAUAAAACGUUCAUCGUUCAGGAGCCUGUCCCUCAGCCAAUCCUCAGUUCCGAAUGCAUAAAUAAAAGUGCAUCUGUCAAGUGCGAAGUAAAGCAGAAGAAUAAAGACGAAACAUUUAUAAUAGAACUGACUCAAGAUAAAAGCAAAAAAAUCCAAAAGAAUGCAACAAGGUUGGAAUUGCACACACGGUAUUCUGGGAUGUUCAGAUGUGUUGUUAAGAAUGAAGUCAGUGAAAAAGUGACUGAAAAAGUAAUUAAAUGCUCAGGCCAGUUGGACCUUUAUCUCAUCUUAAGCAUAGCAGGAGGUGCAACGUUCUUUGUCAUCUUUGUGAUUUUGCUUAUUUGUUGUAUCAGGAAGAAGAAAGCAGAAAGGCUUGGAGAUUAUGAAGACGAGCAAGUGAUGCAGGCUCGCCAGGCGGACAGUGAGAUGGUGGUGCGGGAGCUCCCUCAGCCGCCAUCCAACCCGACCCCGAAGCAGCUGCGUAUCCAGCAGCGGCCACUGCCGCAGCCCCAGGGGCAGCAGCAAGCAGUGCCCCCACGGCCCCGGCCCCGCACUCAACAGCGUACUCCAAACCAUCCAAGAGAAAGACCUUGAAUGUCUGUCCUGGGAGGGAAGGUGGUCUCUCGACUCUGCCAUUCACUGAGAAAAUAAAGUUUCCAGUUGUCAGGAACCCCUCCUGCCCAGCCUUGCAUAAUGCUCAGCUACAAAAUGACAGCUUUUGUUGCAGAAAAUUAGAGCAUCAAAUGGAGAUGAAAAGACCCAGUGGAGGAGAUUCAAGGUGAUGGGCAUUCAUCCCUGUCAUUAUUUUUCUUCAAGUGUCUUCAUGUUAGGGUAUGGAACACCGAGCCUUGAAACCUGUGUCUUUCUGUGGUUCAUUUGUUUUUAGUGCACCUUGUUGUUUUCAUGCUUUUGGAUGGAUUAUAUCAAGAAGAAGCUAAAGUUCUGGUAAGAAAGCAUGGGCCUGAGAAUCUUUCCUUUCUCCUGCCACACAUUAGGACAGCCCUCUGACUUCAGCAUCAAAUGCAUGACCUUCUGGAUCAAAGCAUAGUUGUGUGUAAUUUUCUGGGAGAGGACCUCCAGCACUGGGGAUUUCAAAAGGCAGAUGAGAUAACCAUCUGUGAGGCAUCUUCGUCCUGCUGAGGGCUAGGGCAACAUGCUACACAGCCUCUCCAAGGACUAUUUCAGCUCAGUUUUCUGUGACUCCUUUUUGGCAAAUAAAAUGAAAUUUUAUUCUCAGCAUAGGUCUUUUUGGCUAUCCAGACAAUCUUUUUUGUCACAGAAGAGGUCUGGUAUCCGUUAACUCAUGAAACAAGUGUUAUGAGUUGCCAGGCAGUCUGAUUACUAGUGGCAUUGUCUGAAUUGUCAUGGUUUUUCACUGUAGGGCUGCCUGCUGAUGUUGAGGGACCGUAACCCUUGAUUCUGCUGGUAAGCACCUCAUGUAUAACCAGGUGAUGACAGAGAACUUUUGAGAGAUCUCUCUCCCAAGGGGAGAGGAUGGACUGCAAUAACUGCACCUGCAUUGCCCUCCAUGUGCUGGAAAAUACUGCUCGCUCUUUUGGUCCUUGGAGAUGUUUGUAACUGCCUCUAUGGGACAGCUGAGAAGCUGCAACGUCUGAAUGGGUACAUUGGCCCACCUGGUGCAAGAGGCACCAGAGAGCAUGAGGCAUCCAGCUAGCAGGUUCUGCAUUAGGCAGAAGAAUGUGUAGAGUCUCUUUCAGGCUUGACUAUCCUAUAUAUGCCAGUGGAGUUAAAAUAGCCAUCCUUGUUUCUCCUCAGAAAUGUGACUAUUUUUAUCUUCUGGUACAAGGGCAGGGAAGUAACUUGUCAGGGAGAAAGAGGUCUCUGCCUCCCCCAGAGCUCAGUCACUUUUCCUUGAACUUCAAUGGUGGACACAACCCUGGGAGUGUCACUUGCUCUUGGCUUAGCUUGCUGCAUCUUGUUUUAGGGCCUUCACUAUUUAAAGUUGCAUUUGGUAAACAUUUCGUGGUUUAUUUUGUAACAUGUGCUAUUAUGCCUGUAGUGAAUGAAUAAAGAUGAGAGUGGGUGGAGAGGAUCUUAGUUCCU